UGGGGAUUGGAGUAUAAAUAUGUAGCUCCGCAGGUAAUUCAAUAUAGACCAGGCUUAGCCGCAUUUCGGCUUGCUUGCCUAUAGACGGCGAGGCGUUCGCUCCUUCUGCUCAGGCAGGCUUUCAUUGCGUUUGGUUGUUGGGUGAGAAUUCAACCAACCACACCUCGGCCCCACCCACUCCAAUAAUCCCUCUCUCUCACACACACGCACUCUUGUAUGUAUGUAUCGAGUGAUGAUGAGAUUGAGACGUCUUUCCCCUCCUCCCAAUAAACAUCUGAAGCGCUUGCCGCGGUUCAUCAUCUCUCUUCUUCUAUCUUCACCUUCAUGAUAUACCCAGGUGAGGUAGGUCUGCAGCAAUCUCAUUUUUACGUUUUUGUAUUUGUUAUGUGUCGAGAAUCUGUGUCAGAGCUACCGCCGGUGAUGGCGAAUUUGGCCAACUUCUGGCCUGAUCUAUUCACAUCCUUAAUUUACUGCUAUUGGAACUUGCUCUUUACCGGAAAAAAACGGUUAAAACGCUUUACGUUUUUCUUUCUUAUUUUAUCAUUUCGGCGCUUUAUGGUAUAUUUAGAGUUGCGUGAUUCUUCUCUCGGAACUUCUUUUUAUGUUUCUCUCAUCUUUCCAUUUAAAGAAAUUGAAUGAAAUCCAGAUAAGAAGAAGUUAAAUUACUACGAAGUGAGUGAGUGAGUGUUUUAUUCACCCAACUUCAAAAUUUUGCGAACAAUGGAUUUUAUUGUGCAAUAAUUGUUCUUGUCAUUUUUCGCAAAGUUAACCGAGUGGACCAGGGUCCACGUUGGGCGUGCACCUUCCCAUACAUUGCACAUAUCUGCAUUUGGAGGACCUUUCAGGAUAUCAAUAUGAAUGAACUUUCGUAUUUUGACCGCAUCUUCAACUCCACUCGUAAUUUCCUCACUUUCAUGCACACACACACCGACACACACACAGACCAAUCAAUCUUUCCUCACAAUUUCCCCCAGGAAUGAAUCAAUAGUUGAGAUGUUAGUGGAGGGAGAGAAGAUGUUUAAUCAUGAGGAAGUGAUUGAGCAAUUUGAGGCGUUGACCAAGGAUGCUGGGAGAGUACAAGAGGAUACUCUGAGGAGGAUUCUGCAAGAGAACAGUGGGACGGAGUAUCUGCUCAAAUGGGGCCUUAGUGGAAAGACGGACCCUGAGAGUUUUAAAGCUUGUAUCCCCAUUGCCUUUCACAAUGAUUUGGAGCCUUAUAUUCAGAGGAUUGCUGAUGGCGAUAGCUCUCCUAUUCUCACCACCAACCCCAUUACCUCCAUCUCACUGAGCUCCGGAACAACUCAGGGGAAGCCAAAGUUCGUGCCCUUCAAUGAAGAAUUGAUGAACUCUACCAUGCAGAUAUACAAGACUUCUUUUGCGUACAGGAACAGAGAUUUCCCAAUAGGGAAUGGGAGGGCUUUGCAGUUCAUAUACAGCAGCAAACAGUUCAAGACAAAGGGGGGUUUAGCAGCAGGAACUGCUACUACUAAUGUGUAUCGAAACGAACAGUUUAGCAAAACAAUGAGGGCAAUGAACACACCUUGUUGCAGCCCCAAUGAAGUGAUAUUUGGCCCUGACUUUCACCAGUCUCUAUACUGUCACCUUCUAUGUGGCCUCAUUUUUCGUAAUGACAUCCAAGUUGUGUCGUCCACUUUUGCCCACAGUAUUGUACAUGCUUUUCGCACAUUUGAACUAGUGUGGGAAGAGCUUUGUACUGAUAUCAGGCAGGGGGUUCUAUCGAGCCGGAUAACUGUUCCCUCCAUUCAAGCGGCGAUGUCAAAAUUGCUCAAACCUGAUCCCGAGUUGGCUGAUGCAAUUUACUACAAAUGCAAAGGAUUGAGUAAUUGGUAUGGACUAAUUCAGGAGCUCUUUCCUCAUACAAGGUACAUUUAUGGAAUCAUGACAGGAUCGAUGGAACCCUACCUGAAGAAGUUGAGACAUUAUGCAGGGGAUUUGCCUUUGCUAAGCGCAGAUUAUGGUUCGUCUGAAGGAUGGAUUGGUGCAAAUGUCAACCCCAAGUUGCCUCCUGAGUUGGCCACCUUUGCGGUGCUCCCUAACAUUGGCUAUUUUGAGUUUAUCCCUAUGAGUGACAGCUCAGAUGGGUUGGAGCAGCAACCACGGACGGUGGGGUUAACUGAAGUCAAAGUUGGGGCGGAGUAUGAAAUUGUUGUUACCAAUUUUGCAGGCUUGUACCGAUAUCGGCUGGGAGAUGUUGUGAAAGUGAAGGGAUUCCAUAACUCCACACCAGAGCUUCAGUUUAUAUGCAGGAGAAACCUUCUGUUGAGUAUCAACAUAGACAAGAACACCGAGAAGGAUCUGCAGUUAUCGGUGGAGGCGGCAGCAAAGGUCUUAGCUGAUUCAAAGGUGGAAGUGCUGGACUUCACCAGCCAUGUGAAUACAUCUGCAGAUCCAGGGAAUUAUGUUAUCUUCUGGGAAAUUAGUGGGGAAGCAAGUGAUGAGGUUCUUGAGGAAUGCUGCAACUGCUUGGACCGGUCGUUUCUCGAUGCUGGCUACAUAAGCUCCAGGAAGGUGAAGUCCAUUGGUCCGCUGGAGCUCAGGCUGUUGCGCAAGGGAACAUUCCACAAGAUUUUGGAUCAUUAUGUGGGGUUAGGAGCUGCUGUCAGUCAGUUCAAGACUCCUAGGUGUGUGGGAUCAAAUAAUAGCACUGUUCUGAGUAUCCUGUGCAAUAAUGUUGUUAAGACCUACUCCAGUACGGCAUACAGCUAAGGGGUGUCAUAGUUUUCACGCAGGUCUGGGUAAUCUCUUUAUUCAUUUUGUCAUUUUCUAUACCAAUGGCUCAAUAAGUCAAUUGGCCGAUCAUGAUAGCGACCUCCCUUACGUAAUUUUCGGCUUUGAUCAGUCAACUAUCAAUGCUGGUGGGUGACCCAUGCCUGCUUAGUACAGAGUAACAUGUAUGCUGUAUAAACAACAAUAAACGUUAAUCCUUCCUCAACACUUUCAACAGGCCUUGUUGAAUACAUACGGAGUAGUAUUUUGGAGAUCAUGGGGCUCUUACGCACAUUUUUAUUUAUUCGCAUCAUUCUUAUUUCUACUAUAUUGCCG